CCUGAGAGCGUCCCCGUUGGCUGAGUCCUUCUGACGACGACACACGCAAUUCACUUCUCUUGGCUUCGUUGCAACCGCUCCACUGUCCGUUCUGUUCUUGUUGCAUACAUAACGUUGCUGUUCACCAACCCCCCCGCACUCUCCCGCAAGCACCUCGACAUUCGCUUUGGCUUGCCUUUUUUUUGCUUCCUCGCUCGAGCCGUGACGGCGAAACCGACGGCCACCAACCCUUCCUUUCUAUCCUCUCGAUCUUCUGACGACCGUCCAGCCUCAGUACUCCGUCUAGAAAAAACAGACGAUCUUUCGAGCCUCGUCAGAUUCUCGCCGUGAGAACCCUCCACGUUUGAGGCUGGCUUCCUAGCCUGCACCACGCUCACUGAGCAGCACCAAACCUUCCAUGGCCGCAAACGACUACUACACAUCCUUCCCUCCUUCGUCACAGCACCACGAUACCGCAUACUAUGGUUCGGGCGCGAUAACGCCAGAGUACGGCAGGACGAACGCUCCUUUGCCUCCCGUGCCCGCCACGUCGUCGCCGAGACCGUACAAGCCUCCGUUGGACUCGCACCUUCCGCAAGGGGGGAGUCCGUUCGACGACCGCCAGUACCCAGCAUAUCCACCUCCAACACAACCUGAGCCGGGGUCAGGACAACAUUCCCCACCGUACUACGGCCGACCCGGCGACAACGCGUCACCCUACGCCUCCAAUGACCCCUUCGCCGACAACAACGCCAUACCUCUCCAGAAUCAAGGCAGAGACUACGGGAAGAAUGGAGGCGUCGGUGCCGCGCUGCGCCCGUUUGAAACAGAACAGGGCCCGAUCCGGCCAGACGACAGACGAUACAGAAGGAGGCGGAGGAAGCAAGGCUGGUUCACGGGCAAGAUUACCUGGGCCUGCUAUACAUUGUUCCUUAUCCAGGCCGGCGUCUUCGUCGGCGAGAUCGUCAAGAACUCCGUCCUGACGGGCUCGCCCAUUGAGCUACAUCCCUCCUUCAACCCCAUGAUCGGGCCUUCCCCUUACGUCCUCAUCAACAUGGGCGCGAGGUAUGUGCCUUGUAUGAAAAACGUCGACGCGAAAAUUACGAACAAUGCCACCAACACCGUCACAUACACGCCCGCCUCGAGCCCGGACAUUCCCUUUCAGUGCCCGAACACGACCACAAACGACGGAAAUUGCCACUUGCAGGACCUAUGUGGCUUCGGCAUGGAUCUAACGGAGAAGGACGGCAAGACGCCGAUGCCCAACCAAUGGUUCCGCUUCAUCACCCCUAUAUUCCUACAUGCCGGCAUCAUCCACAUCGGCUUCAACAUGCUGCUGCAGCUCACCCUCGGCAGGGACAUGGAGUUGCAGAUUGGCACCAUCCGAUUCGUACUCAUCUACUUCGCCGCAGGUAUCUUCGGUUUCGUCUUCGGUGGUAACUUUGCACCGAAUGGAAUCAUGUCCACGGGUUGUUCCGGCUCCCUAUUCGGCAUCAUUGCGCUCACACUGCUCGACCUGCUCUACUCGUGGAAAUCUCGCACGUCGCCCGUCCGCGAGCUGCUCUUCAUCGGCCUCGACAUGGUCAUCUCCUUCGUGCUCGGUCUGCUCCCAGGCCUAGACAAUUUCUCCCACAUCGGCGGUUUUCUCGUCGGUCUCACGCUUGGCCUCUCCUUGCUGCGUUCGCCCGACGCGCUAAGAGAACGCAUCGGCCUUGAUGAUCCCAAAUAUGGGACCCUGGAGCAGGAGGAGGAGCAGAAGCAGGGUCAGGGUUUGAAGACGUUCGCCAAGCAGCCUGUCGGCUUCUUCAAGGGCCGAAAGCCCCUUUGGUGGGCUUGGUGGCUUAUCAGGGCAGGUGCCCUCGUGCUCGUCGUCGUUGUCUUUAUCGUUCUGAUCAACAAUUUCUACACUCAGAAGGACAAGUGCGGUUGGUGCAAAUAUUUGAGUUGUCUGCCCGUGAAGAAUUGGUGCGAUAUUGGCAACUUGGAGAUUACCCAGUACGAAACUGCGAACAAGUUCAGGAGAAACCUUCUGGUCCCCGAUGAGUUGUGAGACGCUCGGCAUUUGCACGUAUCCUUUUGUAGCAUUGGGAAAGGUUUCUUGCGUAACGACCUCCAGCUCAUGAUUGAACAUUAGAGAAGAAUAUGUAAGGAGAAUAAUAUGAUGGCAAAGUUUGAGCGGCGUAAUUCGCUGCGCUUUCUAUGAUAGCCAAAAAAGAAAGAAAGAACGAAAAUCUUAAGGACCGAUCAACCCGUUCCGCAUGUUUACAGGUGGAUUCUGCUAGAAUCUACCUCCCGUCUCACGAACGCUGACAUUUCGUAGCUCACGCAGCGUUCGGCUGGACGCCAGCACAUGCGAGAGAAGCGUCCCAUAGUCCCAGCCCAAGCCCUCGGCCGCAAGCGCCGUUAGACUUGCCUGGUCCUCGCGGCCUGGCCUUCCAGGUCCUGUCAUGUUCUGGAUGCGUCGUCAGCAUUCCGGCCCCGCGGGCGUGCGCGCGCGCUCUCAAAACGUCGCGCUAUGGAGCAAGGGAAGGGGGCUAAGCUGUACGGGCCGGCUUCAUAUUCACAUCGAACAACAUGAAUGGCGAGGAGGGAUCAUGCUCGGCGCGGCGAACGUCGAUCCGAAUCGGCGCCGUGGCGUGGAGGAGCUCCGCGACGCGCUCGCACUCGCGCUGGACCGCCGCGUAGCUGGCGUCGUCGCGAUACGCGGCCGAGUCCUCGG